AUGCUCUCAUAAAGGAGUAGUAGAAAACUUUUAGACAAUGCAAUUGGGCCAUCUUUGAGAUAUGAUCCUCAGGCAAACAGAUGUUAUGAGAAAGAUAGAUCGCCUUCGAGACUAUCAAUAGAUUCUGAGCAGCAGCUAAAGAUAAAUAAUAGUGAGGGAAUAAAGUUGAGCAUACACGAUACUGCAGACAAAAAGAAAACUAUAAAUUUAAAUAUUGCUAGAAGGAAAUCUGCGCGAACACAAUAAAUGAGCAAGCGAAAAUCAGAGCAAACAAAAAAAUUUGAAGGAUUGUCCAUCUUAAGAACUAUGCAGCAGAAUUAACUUAUUUAAAAAUUUGUGAAUACUUUAUUAAUGAAAUCCUAUAUCUUGUCAGAACAUAACAAGUACCUACUAACUCAAGAAAGCUACAUGCAAUCUAAAGUUGAUAAAACUAAAUACUAAAAUUAAAAUUAGAGUAGCACUACGAAUAUAUUCGCACCAGGAAGCUAAUUGGUGAUGAUAUGGGAUGUGAGUGCGACCUUCUUUGAUUGCUUUAGUUUAUGGCUUUGUCCAUUUGUAUCGUCAUUUGUGGACGAUCAAAGUUGUCGAGCAGCAGAGAUGUUCUUAAUUAUCCAUAUCAUAAUUGACAUAAUCAUCCAUUUGAAUAGGCCCAUCAUGAUCUAAGGAGAAAUCAUUUUCGAUAAAUUGCAAAUUAUAUAACAUUACUUUAAAGGUCAAUUACUGGAAGAUCUCAUUAGCUUGACCAUGUGGUUUUUAAUGUAUUUUGAUUUUAAUUAAAUACCUGUGACUAAUGAGAUUAUAGCACUCAUUCUCAUAACGAUUUCUAUUUUGAAGGUGAAACGAAAUUAUGAGAACUUUAUAGAAUCUCUCUAUUUAUAAGGUGCUGUAAACUAGUUGGUUGAUCUGAUCACUCUAAUAAUGAUGAUCUACUUCUUUGCUCAUUUCAUGGCGUGUGUAUUUCAUCACGUUGGCGAUUUAACCUCUGAUUCUGAAAAUUGCUGGUUAAUACACUACAAUCUUGCGAACAGACCCAUCUCAGUCAAAUAUAACCAUUCUUUCUAUUGGGCCACUAUGACUAUGGUCACUGUUGGUUAUGGGGAUAUCACACCACAGAACGAAGCAGAAUUGGUCACAGUCAAUUUGCUAAUGCUGUUAUCCAGUUGCAUGUUUGGGUACUCAAUGAGUUCCAUUGGAAUGAUUCUCAAGAGCAUACAGGAUGCAAAAUACAAAUGCAAAAGAUCCCUCAUUCUAAUGAAUUCCUACAUGAGAUAGAGUCAAGUAGACCAACAGAUUCAGAGCAGAGUAAGGGACUUCAUCAAGUACCAAGUUGAAAUGGAGUCAAAAGAGAACAAUGAUGAUGUCAACUAAAUUAUUAGUGAUCUACCUAAUUAAUUGAAGUAAGAGUUGUAAACCAAUGUGUAAAUGAACAUCAUGCAAAAGAUAAAGAUAAUCACGUCCUAAUUCACCAAACAAAUCUAAUCCGAGGUGUCUUAGAAUCUCGUACAACUAAAAUUCACCCCUGGAGAUUACAUUUUUCAUUAGGAUUAGAUUGACAAUAACUUAUAUUAUAUAAAGGAGGGAUAAAUACAAAUCACUGAAGAAAAAAGUGGUAAAGUAUUGUAAGUAAUUAAAUCUACUAAUACUUUUGGAGAAUAUUAGUUUUUCACAGGUCUUUCUACUAAAACCUCUGCUUAAAGCAUAGGAUUCUCUGAAAUCUAUUAAAUUAAAAGAGACAUCUUUCUAAAAAUUAUACGGUCUUCCAAUAAAGAUUUUGAGAGGUUUCACAAUAUCAAAGACAAUUUGAUUCUUAAUUCAAAUUAUUAUGUGAUCUUCCAAAAUUGCAAUUUCUGUAAAAUGUACACUCAUUCAAACAUUGAUUGUCCAUUGCUCAACUAUAAACCAGAUGCCCAAAUUCUAUCGAUAAAAAAGCAAAGAGAACAUCCAUUUCAACAGCGAAAAACCUUUGUCAGAAUGGGCAAUAAAAUUAAGUCCAUGUGUAUAUAGCAACAAAUCACCUUGGCAGUGGAGGAGUUCUUGGAAAAGCAGAGUUCAUUUCACGAAGUAAUUAGAGAAAUCCAGAAACACUCCGAGGAAAGUCCUAAUACCUAACAGGAACAAUAGCCAAUCUAAAUAGAAAUCAAGGCCAGCGAAGAUCAGCCCAUAGAGAAUUAAGGAUCUAGUCUGCUUCCUCCCAAUACGACGGCUUCAACCAAUACUGGACCACCUUCUUUAGCGAUGAUGAGAGGAAAAUCUAGUAGAUAUGUCUUCAAUCAAUCUUCAAAAGGGUCUCAUCCCAAAAACUACUUUGUUAUGGCCCCUAGCAAUAAGGAACCGGUUAAGGAACUAAUUUUAAAAUAGAAUUCAUUUAUUUACUACCUUUAUUUUAUUUACUAGUUUCACUCCAAUGAGAUCGAUUAGAUGAGAGAAUAUCAGACUUACAUGCCCUAAAAUAAUUGUUCCAACUCCAUCAAAUUAAGAGAAAAAUACCUUGACAAAAAGCAAUCCGUUAGAUCAGGAGGAGACAAUGGCUAAACCAAAACCUAUAUUCAUCUUAGAUAAAGAGAUUUACUCUCUUCAUAAAUACUAUCGCCUUACAAUUGA